AUGUCCCACGUGGCCCUCCUCCGCCAUGGCCUCCGCCUCCUGCUGCCACUGGCGGUGAUUUCAACAUUUUACCUCUAUCUUUAUCCCGUUUUUCUUGGAUGUGCUUUCCCCGUGCCCCCGGCCGGCCGUGCAUCUUCCGGUAGUCCGAGCGAAGUCAACGUCGCAGACACCAAAUUCGCUGCCUUCCUCGAAGCAGCGCGACACCAUGUUGCUCUUCCGAUCCCCCUUCGAUCGAGCGACGCCCGCCCCGCGCCUUUCCGCCUGCUCGCGCUCGGCGACCCUCAACUCGAAGGCGACACCUCUAUCCGAAAGCACAACGGUCCGGUCUUCCCUCACGUAAGAAGUUUGUGGUCGCACGUGACCUUCCAGUCGAGCCACUCGCUGCGCCAGCGCAUCCGUCACUCUCUGCACGACGUGAUCGAUGUGUUCCUGGAGGACGUCUUUGACGAGCUCGAGUCGGUUCGCAAGCGUAUAGACCUGUUUGGUAACGACUUUUACCUCGCACAUAUCUUCCGGACGGUACACUGGUGGACUCGUCCUACCCACGUCACGGUGCUUGGCGACUUGCUGGGCAGCCAAUGGAUCGGUAUUGAAGAGUUCCGGCGUCGCGGCCGCCGGUACUGGAACCGUGUGGUGCGAGGGGCCGAGAAGGUUCCUGACGAAGCGGCGGCGUACCCGGCUUUGGAGUAUGACCUCACAGACUACCUGUCGGCGUCUGGCGAGCCUUCUCCCGAGUGGUCGCGCCGUGUCAUCAACGUGGCCGGCAACCACGACAUUGGUUACGCCGGCGACAUCAACCAGGACCGCUUCGGACGCUUUGAGCGUCUCUUUGGCAAGGCCAACUACGAGCUGCGCUUCGAGCUUCCUGUCCAUGACCCGAAACUCAACGCCACCCUUGUGGACGACGAGAAAAACCCCGAGUCUGAUCGUCUUCCGCCCGAAAUCCGCGUCAUUGUGCUGAACGACAUGAACCUGGAUACUCCAGCCAAGGAUACGUCGUUGCAGGAUGCCACCUAUGCCUUCAUCAACGCCGUCAUCGAGACCUCGGCGGCGGUCGAAUACAGCGGUCAUUUCACUGUCGUGCUGACCCACAUCCCAUUGUACAAGCCCGAGGGGGUUUGCGUGGACGCCCCCUUUUUUGACUUCCACGGCGACCACGACGGUGGCGGAGUUAAGGAGCAGAACCUGCUGUCGGCCGACGCCAGCAAGGGCUUCUUGGAGGGCAUCUUUGGCAUGAGCGGUAACACAGACGCCCCCGGCAACGGCAGGGGUCGCCACGGCGUCAUCCUGAACGGUCACGAUCACGAGGGCUGUGACACGUUCCACUACAUCAAUCAGACGGACGGAGGCGAGAACGGCGACCGCGCCUGGCAGGUUGAGCGGUGGGCGACGGCGAAAGGCCGAGGCGCCGUCGGUGCCCCCGGUGUGCCAGGCUUGAGGGAGAUCACUGUCAGGAGUAUGAUGGGCGACUUUGGCGGCAACGCUGGUCUGCUCAGCGCCUGGUUCGACGAGUCCACAUGGAAUUGGAAGUUCGAGUAUGCAACGUGCGCUCUGGGUACACAGCACCUGUGGUGGCUCGUUCACAUUGUGGACCUCAUAACGGUCGUUGCUGUUGUCGCCUACGUUGUCUUGUCCAUGUUGGAGGCAAGCAAGCAGGGACAGAUUGCCGUGGCACCGUCGAGUGUGGAGGAGAAGAAGCUGAUCCAAAAUAGGGAGGCCAAGUCAUCAUAA